ACAAUAUGCUCCCCGCUUUCGCGAUCCCGGUGUUCUGCAUCACGACAUGGGCAUCCGCGCUGAACGAUCCGUCAUCAGAUUUACCCAGGUUCGGCAAACCGUUGAACAACCUUACAGUCUCAGUGGGUCGCGAAGCCGUUUUCACCUGCAUCGUCGAGGACCUCGGACCAUACAAGGUAGCGUGGCUACGUGUCGAUACGCAGACGAUUCUGACGAUAGCAAGUCACGUUAUCACGAAGAAUCAUCGGAUCGCAGUGACGCACAGUGGCCAUCGAACGUGGUCCCUUCACAUAAAAGACACGCGGAAGAGUGACAGCGGUUGGUACAUGUGCCAGGUUAAUACUGACCCGAUGUCCAGCAUCACUGGAUUUCUCGAAGUCGUUGUGCCGCCGGAUAUCCUGGACUAUCCCACCAGCACGGACAUGGUGGUGCGAGAGGGUAGCAACGUGACGCUACGGUGCGCGGCGACAGGAACACCGGAGCCGACGGUCACGUGGCGUCGCGAGGCAGGCGGCACGAUCAGCCUGUCGAACUGGCACGAGCCAGUGGCGAGUAUCGAAGGCCCGGAGCUGGAAAUAACACGCGUCACGCGUCUCCAUAUGGGACCGUAUCUCUGCAUAGCGUCCAACGGAGUGCCACCGACAGUCAGCAAGCGGAUCGUUCUCAUUGUUCACUUUCAGCCCAUGGUUUUCAUCGAGAAUCAGUUGGUGGGUGCUUACGAAGGACAAACUCUCACGUUGGAGUGUCGUAGCGAAGCGUUCCCCAGACCUAUUACUUAUUGGACGAGGCCAUCGAACGAAACCAUUGCUAACGAUGAGAAUUACAAGGUCGAAUCAAUCCCUAAAGGAUACGAGAUUACGAUGAAGCUCGUCAUAAGGUCUGUACGAAUUCAAGAUUUUGGAUCCUUUCGGUGCGUAGCAACGAAUUCCCUCGGGGAGACUGAUGGAAAGAUAAAACUUUACAGGAUUGACAGGCCGCCAACUACGCGGAAACCGGGCGCGAGACGGGAGUCGAAGAAGACGUGGAAGAUGGAUCAUAGCCAUGAGAAGAAGGCCGCCGGUAUGAAGGACGAGCCGAUGUUGAAGGGUGACGAUAAUGGCGACGAACAGAUCGAUUUUCAAUCGGCCACGGCCUCAUCGGUGCUUCAUCGGCAUUUGCUUACGAAUCUCGGGAUAACAGUCAUAACCGCGAUACUGGCCGGCAGUUUGUCCACGUAGACACGCACGGCGUCGCGAUGCGUUCGCCGAUUACGUGCGAACGCGACUAACGUUACGGAAAGCAUUUUCACAUACGGGAGCGGACCUCGCGUAUGGCAAAACGUCACAACGAAGGAAUGCCGAUAAGAAUAACGCCGCGUGCGCGGGGGGUCUCGCGAGAAAAAAGCUUUCCGCAAAAAGUCUCUUCCUGUGUACAUGAAAUUUGCAUGAAGUGGCCGUAAAGCGACGAGACAGCUGUUUUUAUACGGAGACUCACGGAGAGUCCGAAGUACCCGGAACUGAUCGAGCCAAAGUGACCAGGGUGCUUCGUGUGAAGCGCAAUUAACACAUCACAAGCCGAACGUGUACUAAUAGACUUUCCUCUCUAUCCAAAGACGUAGGAAGCCACCAAUCUAUUAAGCCCUUUACACCGAAGGUGCCGGCGUAGCUGGCUUUUACCGUUUCCAUUCCAAGCGGUAACUUUGUUGACCUCACCAUCACUUAAAGCUGAAGAAGAAAGUCCGUGGAUCCGGUAAAAAGGGGAUAUAUAUUAUUUGCGAUCGCGCUUCUCCUUUUAAACCGUUGAAAUGGAUUACCGAUAGCAAAAUAGAAAGAACACUUUCCAAUCUAUUUAAAUUGUAUGCGGGUAUAUUUUAUGUGUUUUAUUUUAAGAAUUCAAAAUGUAUAUAAAAUAAUCCCUUUUGAUCUGUAAAAAAUUGACGAUCCAAUUUUUUUUCUCUUUUUUACGUCGGUAUUGGCGCGAGUGCAGACAAAGAUAUAAAAACGUAUGAAAUGUAACGUUACUUUUGUAUUUCAAAGUACCAGCAAAGUGUACAUCGCUUGCAAUAUGUUAAUAGCGCUUAAAGAGCGUAAGGGCGCGAGGAAUGAGAGUGGUGAUUGCAAUGUGCGUAUGCGCAAAUGAAUUCGUACAUAACAAUAUUUUUUGUAAAGAAUUUUUCGCAAAACUGCGAAUUGUUUUCCGAAAUCGGCAGUUUCUACAGCAGUAUAUUCAAAACUCAUUACAAAUGCGUUAUACGUACCAAAAACACCCGGAUACUUUUGGCUUAAUUUCAAAAUGUCGGACUUUUAAUUAUUAUUAAUCAUCCUUUCCUUCUACAACAAAUGUAAAUG